AUUUCUCACAACAAAAAUCAAUCAAAUAUCUCUCUCUCUCUCUCCACUUUUCUCCUUCCAGCCAACACUUAAAAACACCAUUCCGUGGUUCACAUAAUUGCCGAUACAUUAUUUUCCGAAACAAAAAAUGAAGAUGCUAGCAAAGAAAGCCAUGUGUAACUCUCACGGACAGGAUUCUUCAUACUUCCUAGGAUGGGAAGAGUAUGAGAAGAACCCAUACGACCAAACCAAGAAUCCCAACGGAAUCAUUCAAAUGGGUCUCGCCGAGAAUCAGCUCUCGUUUGAUCUCCUUGAAUCGUGGCUCAAGAGCAACCCAGAUGCAGCUAGCUUCAAGAGAGAGGGGGAAUCCAUUUUCAGAGAACUCGCUUUAUUUCAAGAUUACCAUGGCCUUCCCGCUUUCAAAAAUGCAUUAGUUGAUUUCAUGUCCGAAAUUAGAGGAAACAAAGUCACUUUUAAUCCCAACAAUCUAGUUCUCACUGCUGGUGCAACCUCGGCUAACGAGACCCUCAUGUUCUGCUUGGCCGAGCCUGGUGACGCGUUCCUACUUCCCACUCCCUACUAUCCUGGAUUUGAUAGAGAUCUCAAGUGGAGAACUGGAGUCGAGAUUGUACCCAUACAUUGCACUAGCUCAAAUGGCUUCGAAAUCACUGAAUCGGCUUUAGAAGAGGCCUAUAAGCAAGCACACAAGCUGGACCUGAGAGUAAAAGGUGUCUUGGUCACCAACCCUUCCAAUCCACUAGGCACAACAUUGACCCUUAAGGAGCUGAACCUCCUCGUCGACUUCAUUCAAGCCAAACGUAUUCACUUAAUCAGCGACGAAAUCUAUUCAGGUACCGUCUUUGAUUCACCAAGCUUCAUUAGUAUCAUGGAGGUACUCAAAAACAGAAACUUGAUGAACACCGAAGUGUGGGAGAGAAUUCACAUUGUGUACAGCCUUUCCAAAGAUCUCGGUCUACCGGGUUUUCGCGUUGGAGCAAUUUACUCCAACGAUGACAUGGUUGUGUCAGCAGCCACAAAAAUGUCAAGCUUUGGAUUGGUCUCUUCACAAACUCAGUAUCUCCUAUCCGCUAUGCUAUCCGAUAAGGAGUUCACACAAACCUACAUUUCCGAAAAUCAAAAGAGACUUAAGCAACGUCACGAUAUGAUGGUCUCGGGACUUCUAGAAGCCGGUAUCAGCUGCCUAAAGAGCAACGCUAGCUUGUUCUGUUGGGUAGACAUGAGACAUCUCUUGAGCUCCAACACCUUCGAGGCCGAGAUGGAACUUUGGAAGGACAUUGUUUACAAUGUUGGACUAAAUAUCUCCCCUGGAUCAUCUUGCCAUUGCACUGAACCUGGAUGGUUUCGGGUGUGUUUUGCUAAUAUGUCUGAGGAAACACUUAACCUCGCAAUCCAACGCAUUAAAUCCUUCGCAGAAGCUACCAUUAAGACACUCAUCGACAACAAGAGUCAGCAGCAAUCUAACAAGAACUCUAAGAGAAAGUCAUUCACCAAGUGGGUUUUUCGUUUAUCGUUUGGCCGGGAAACCAGCGAACGAUAGUCGGCGUGCAUGCACAAUAUCUACAUUAUUUUUUUUUUAUCUCAAUGUAUCAUUGAGUUACAUUCUUUUGUAAUUUAUGUAUACGUACAUACAGAGAGUUCACUCAAUCCCUGUGGAUUAGCAGUGGCAUCUAGUUAAUUACUUGUAUACCUAUACUUGAGUUCUUACAUGAAUGAAAUCACAUCUGAAUCAAUACU